GCCGGAUGAUGAAGAUGGUGAGGAGGAGGAGGAGGAGGAGCCAGCUGCAGCCCACAGUGGUGGGGACGAAGAAGAGGAAGGAGGGGAAGAGGAGGAAGAGUCACAGUGGAGAGGUCCAGGUGAGCUGCAGCUGAGUGAUGAAGGUGCAGGUAGCAGCAGACAGGUGGAAGCUGUCUCACACCUCCAGCCUGACACCGUCUGGGGUCCGUACCCGGGAGCCGUCCAAUCAAAAGGCAGCAACAGUGACCAGGAAGCAGAG